AAGGAGAGACACCAAUGGCUUCUGGAAGUCAGGAAUCAGGAUGGUGCUGUAUUGUGCAGGAGUCGGGUCGGGAGGGAGUCAGGUCAGGAGUGGAGAGUGGGGAGUGGGGAGACUCGGAACGGCGAUUACUGGUGCGACGAGCGAGAGGCGAGGAGAGAAGGUUGGACGGAGAGUCAAGACGCGAGACAACACUGGGAAUUGGCUGGCCUGGCGGGGCAACCAACAAGCAAUUCUCGAGGCGGCUCGAGGGGUGGGGGAGUUUUCGACAAGGAUGUUUGCUGGCGACGUGGAUGCGAUCAGGUAACCCUAAGGCCUAUGUUACACUGGUGGAGCGCGAGGCGCAUUUUGUGUGUGUGCUUGCACAGUGGGGCGAACGAAGUGUUCCAGGCUGGCGAAGGCCUACGAUGGUACAGUUGUAGCGUAACAUGAGGGGCUAGGAUUUGCUGGCCACGCGCUUUCAGGUUGCGUGCUUCACUGGCAAAUGGCUGCCACACUCCUCAAGUCAACCUCCAUCAGGUGAAACCAAGGUUGGUUUGCGAUGAUGACGAAAGAAAUGUACUAUAAUAUCUAACGGAAGAAUAUAUCAGGAUUGAAGUG